AUGAGAGACACAAUGAGAAGUAUCAUUUCUCUAACACUUUUCCUAAAGCUCAUUUCAUGUAAGUAACUAAUCACCAAUGGCGAGCACAGACUAACUUUGUACACUUUCAUUGAGUGUCUGCUUUACUGCCACAAUGUGGCAGAAUAUAAUUUAAUAAUUAGAAUUAAUUAAAUGCAAAUUGAAAUGUCAACCAUUCUACCGGAUGUGCUGUAUUGUAAUGCUCUCACCUUUAUUAAAACGAGCCUUACAACAAACAUUUAUUGUUUUUUGGUACAAUAGUAAAGACAGUAUAAAGAUAGACAAUAGUAAAGAAUAUUUAUUUUUAUUCAUUUUAGUGUGUUUUCUGCAAGUCUCCAUUCGUGAGGGCUGUUGUGCUUCUAUUGCAUUGUGAUGACAUACAGCGGUCACAGCUAUUUUUUAUAUUUGCUAUAGAAUACAUAUUUUUGUUUGCCAGCAGAGUUCUGUGGUUGGAAUCUGAGACCAGCUUAUGACAGCUAAAUAAAGAACAAUUUGCCCUAGAAAUCAACAAGAGAGUUAGAUUUUUAUCUAGAUAUAGAAUUAAAACAAAAUAGUCCUUUAGGGACUAAUGAAAGUAUUUAGAAAAUUGGACAGACUAGAUGGGCCGAAUGGUUCUUAUCUGCCGUCACAUUCUAUGUUUCUAUGUUUCUUUACUAAAUGCCUUUUUAAAACUGAAAAUGCAUUAGAGGAAGUAUAGACUUUCAAAUUAAGCUUGCAUACAUACCAUCAGUUAUUUUUUCUGAUACUGACUAAUUAGGAUGGGUUGACAAUGAAUCGAUGAUACUGACCCAGGUAAAAGGCAUAUUGCCCAGUAUUUCCUAGUCUUUACUGGACCAAGGCACACUUUAAUAAGAAGAUUGGCAAAGCACAUCUCAUUUUUUCAUUUUACCUUCAGCAGCAGCAUAUAAAUGUCAAUUAUACCUGCAGCCUUUCUAGAUACAGAAGUACUUGUAGACAAACUGACAUUAGUUUUAAUGAAUUGCCAGAUGCAAAUUCUCAUUUUAAUGCUCAUUUAUAUUUUUAAAAACCACCAAAACAAAAAAAGAAAAAACAUAAUUUUAGGACUGCUCCCAAACACCGUCCCGAAGUUAAUGUGUUCAUGGUAAAUUUCGAGGAGACUUGAGACACACUGGUUAAUAUUGUAAAGCGCUAUGGAACUUAGCGCUAUGGAAUUUACUCCAUAGAAUAAAUGUUUUAAUGCAGGACACCUCAAGCUUGUUGCCUUUGAUAAAUAACAUAAAAUAAUUAUGAGAGAGUAUACUUCGUUUGCAAUGUUUUGUUUAAUUAUUCAUAUUUUUAUUUUUUACUUGGUUUUCAAAUUAAGAUGUGAAACCCAUAACCUGGCAUUUGUUAUUUAUAACAUAAUGUAUGGGGUUAUUCUACUUUUUUUUAAACUAAAAUUGAAUGUUUAAAACUAAAAUUAAAUGUCUAACUCACAUUUGAUUGACUAAGCUCCUGACGUGAGAUUGCAUAUAAUAUUAGCAUUUUAUAACCUCCUGUGUGUGAUAGAUCUAUGUCUCUUCUCUGUCCGUACUCCCACAUCUGAUGCUCGCCUUCAAGACUUCUCCAGGGCUGCACCUUUUCUGUGGAACUCCCUUCCCUUCUCUGUUACUUCACUUUCACCCAGUCCCCACUCCUUCAAAAAAAUCUUUGAAUACACACUUCUUCAGGAAAGCAUAUUACUUAAACUGUUAGCGGGUUUUCAUUCUCUACCCACUCCCCCCCCCUCCCCCCCAUGACUCCUCUCCUGCAACUGUAAAAAAUAACCUACUAAGUUCCCAGUGAAUACUUUUCUAGCAACCUAUUUUAUUACCCCUACUUAUACCCUUUGUGUCACUGUACCCCACUCCCUCUAGCAUGUAAGCCCAUUGAGCAGGGCUCUCAGGUCCUCUGUUUCUGCGCAUCCAUUUGUCUGGUUACAAUUACGUGUCUGUUAGUCCACCCAUUGUAAAUUAUAAAAUAAUAAUAAUACAUUUACAGCUAUUAUUGAUGGAGAGGAGUAAGCUUAGCACUAAAAAUAGUCAUAUCUACUAUAUGGUUUACAACAUUUAGUAUUACAUCCAUUUGGAAGGGAUUGUUAGGUACUUUAAGGCUAUUUAUUAUUUGUGAUGCGUAAAUGGAAUGUGAAGGUUCAUUAACUGCCAUUUUUUACCUCUCUCCUCUAGUUUCAGAUUCACAGCAAUUAAAGCUCACUCAGACCCCCGGGAAGCUCCAGUCUGGGAGGACUGGGCCAGUGAAGUUGGAAUGCCAACCUAUUGGGACUGGUUUCAUGGAUUAUGGGGUGUUCUGGUUCAGACAGAGGAAAGGCGCAUCAUCUCCAGAAUCAAUACUGUAUCAAUCCAACAUGGCCAACAAAGUAACACAAAGCAAUAUACCAAACAAAGACAGUUUCAAGUCAACUAAAGGGGGGACUAGCUACAACUUGGAAAUCAAUCCAUUUGGAGAGAAGGACCAAGGGAUCUAUUAUUGUCUGGUUAAUAGUAAAUUGGUCCUGUAUAUCAGCCCUGGGGUCUCCCUCUACUAUCCUACAGGUACAGCAUGGUCUUCAUGAAAUGCACAACAUUGACUAGGCCUGUAUAAUGAAAACAUGACCCACCUGUAUCACCAGCACAUCGGUGAAUUCAAGGUGAAUUUUAAUUUUAAGACCAAUAUAGUCUAACUGGAAAAAUUAUCCAAGUCAGCUAUGAUUCCAGUUCAGCUACUUCGGUCUUAAAUUUAAAAUUGUUACGUUAGUGAAUGACCCCGUUAAUAUGUGUGUAUUAGGAUAGAUCUGGAUACAAUUUUCAGUUGAGUUUUUAAUGCUCUGUUGUGUUUAAAUCCCGUAGACAGCUCAUUACUGAUAACAACUCACCUGACAUAUAUAAUAAACAUACAGACAGAACCUAUCUAAUAACACGUAGAAUUACGUAUGAUAUAAACACAUAGACAAGACCUUCCUUAUAAUACAUUGAUUGCCACUGUCUAUAACAGGGGUCCUCAAACUCCGGCCCCCAGAUGUUGCUGAACUACAAAUCCCAUGAUUCUCUCGCUAUCUAUGUAAUUCAAAGAAUCAUGGGAGUUGUAGUUCAGCAACAUCUGGAGGGCCGGAGUUUGAGGACUCCUGGUCUAUAAUAAACCCACAUGUAGCACCAAUCAAAUAACACAAAAUAUAACAGAGACGUCACCUGUCUCAUAACAUGGAGGGACUGUGUACUGUUCAAACCCACAUAGGACAUCUAUUUAAUAACAAAUGUAUAGACUGGUUAUUACACAAUAAACACAUAGGCAUAUACAAUGCUUUUUUUAAAUGGACAGACAUCGUCCAUGACAAACUUACGGAGAGAUUUGAUAGACAUUUUGUAUGAUAAACAGGCUGAUGUGUUAUUCAAUAAACACACAGAUCGCAAGUAACCAAACAAGGCCUAGACAUUGAAUACAAUGAAUGAACAUAUAUAUAUAUAUUGGACAUCUCACUAAAAUCAUGUAGAUAGAUAUGAAAUAAACAUUUCAAUGGCACCUGCCUGAUAACAGGUGGAGAAAUAUUUUAUACUUUGAUAUAAUAAACCAGAGAUAAACAUUGUUUGCAAUGUGAAUGUGUGAAUAGAAAAUGUAAUGUUCUACAAUAUAUCGAGAGCUUCCAAGUAAUAAACAAAUGGGUACACAGUAUAUACAAUAAACAUAUAAACAACACCCAACUGGUAACAUGUGGAUAAACAUUGUGUACAAUAAUCACACGGACACAGAGCCUAAUUCUAAACAUCUUCACACACAGCUUGUGCAAAGAAAUUGCAAGCAUCUUAUACAUUAUGUUACCUUGUAGUGCGUAAACUCUCAGUGCGUGCACCUGCCAACAACACGUUAACAUUCUUUAGAAAUGUCUAGUACCGUAGCAAUAUUGAAAAUGUUUUUAUAGCAUAAACUUGAGAACAAAACUUGUAUCACAGACACAUGGACAACAAGUGUCCCUUAAACAUUAACAAAUUAACCGGAACAUACAGACAAGACAAACAGCCAUUACAUAAAUACUUGGAUGAUAAUGAUCAAUAAAAUAUUUGCUAGGUGCUACAUACAGGUUUAUUGUAUACGAUUUCUACCUAUGUGUUAUAUAAGAGAUGCUGACUAUGUGUCUACUGUAUAAUGUGCAUAUCCACGUGUUAUUGUCCACCAUGUGUUAUUCAAUAGGAGCUAUUUGUGGGUAUAAUAUAACCAAUGUCUAUCAACGUACUGUUCAAUAGUGACGACCUGUUGGUUUACUGUUUAAUGUCUCUGUCCAUUUGUUAUGUAUUUGUCAUGUCAUUGUAAAUGGAUGUAUGCAUAUGUCCUGUUGUUUCCAUCUAAAAUAUCGGUAUUAUGGAAAUUUGGUGUACGUCGUGUUUUGGGGUUUUUUGUGGUUUCUUCAAGUUCAAAUUACAACAAGCAGAUGUGAUAUAUAUAUAAAUGACUUAGAUUAAAAAAAAGCCUGUGGAUUGAAAAAGUAUGUUGUAAUGGAGCAAAUGCGUUAAGAUCUAGAAAGAUCUAGAAUUCUAUUGUAGAUAUUUCUUUUCAUUAAGACAAAGUAAAAAAAAAAUUACAAAAAAAAUUAAAACAAUUAUAAAAUUAAUAGACACCUGAUAUUCAUAUUAAAAUAUUUCAUAUUCAUAUUAAAAUAUUUCCAGAGUAGAAUGCCUAAUUGUAGGGCUUUAUAAAAGCAUGGGUGAUUUAAAUUACCUAGACGAUGGUGAGAAUUUAUUAGAGGCCAUUUAUAGAAAUUCAACUGAAGGGGAUUAUAUCUAUAUCGGAAAAGGGUUAGUAUAACAUAGACUGCCAAACAACAAGCUGAUGUUAAAAAAAACUUGGACCUAAUUUUUAAACAAAACAGAAUUCACAGGGUAAUAAAAGUUAUAAAGGCAACGUUAAUAAUACUUUGUUGAUCCAAGGAGAAAUGUGACCGCUGUAUUUAGGCAUCAGGAGUUGUACCCCGUAUUGGAAAUGAUUUUUUUUAUGUCAUCUCAUUUGAGAUGUAUGAGAGACUGAACUUAAUGGACUGGGAACUUUUUCAACCUUUAGCGCAUAUUCACAAAUCUAUAAUGCAAAUUUUUAUGUAUUUAAUUGCAUUAUAAAGUAUUUAUCAAACACACUCCUUAUUCCGCACAAAUUUAUGUUUGCAUCAGUAUGUCAUAAAAAUUUAAUUUCCCAUGACAAUAUAAUAAUAGCUUUGCUGAUUCUCAUGUAUGGGCAGGGAAACUCUGAAAAAAUUACUGAAUAAUACAGUUAAAGAUGAGAAAACACAUUUUAAAGUUAGUUUUGGGAUAUCCAGCCUAUUGCAAUUUUCUGCGCUCCUAAUGUAGGUAACAGGUCUACCGAAGUGACCCAUGCUUCUAUGCAUGCCAUCAUUCUCUCCUAUAUGCUCUAAUUCCCUCAAAUAAUCUCAUUUGCCAAACCUUUCAUAUUAUCCCACAUCCAUGUAGAUGUGUAAUCACAUUGGCAUUGACCAUCAUGUGUAUGUUCCCCAACUUUGAAUCAUUGCGCCCAUAGCUAGUCACUUUGCCGCCCUAAAUACUUUCUAUAAUAUGUUGUCACAGCGCAGCUGGCUACAGUUGUGAGAAUGUAAAAUCAAGCGAAUAAAAUAAAAUUUAGUUUGUUUGUUUCUGCUUUCUCUUCAAGUUACGACUCCAAAACCAACAACCAAGGCACGUGUAACAGCUAAAGCUCCAAAUAAACAGGAUCCACCACCUAAAGAUCCAUGCAAUUGCGAAACAAGUGAGUAUAAAAAAAUAAUAUGUAUAGUUAAUCAAAGGCACAGGAAAAUGUGAUUAUUAUUAUAACUGUAGCCCACGUGCCAACACUCCCAAAUUUACUUAUACUGUCCUAUUGAUUUAUCCCCUGAAUAUACCUUCUCGUGUUUUUUUUUCCUAAUGUCCUUUCCUCGGGCUAUCAGAGAAAGGUGCCCAUUUAAUGCUUCAUGUGUAUGUUUAAAGAUGCUCACAGCUUCACCUGCCAUUUUAAGGGCAUUACCACCCUGGUGGGUCACCUGCUGGGAGCCUGUAGACCAGGUGUACAUGUAUGUCCAUGUAUGUGGGAAUGACAGUUAUCCUGAAUGUAUGUGUCCUCACAGGCCCUCACCUGGCCCUCUUCUAUUAGCAAGGAUGUCAUAGUAAUAUAGGAAAUAUGGUCACCCUAUAUCAAAUUCAUAUGUGUAUCAUGGGAACGUAGAUUAUAUAUACCUGGGGUGCAAUACUUUGCCAUCACUGCUCUCUAUAUUGUGAAGUAGGUGUACCCUGAUAGUUCACAGAGUUAACCCAUACUCUCUUGCUUUUUUAUAGCCAACAAAUCCUUCCCCCAUUGUAACUCUUUUCUGAGCUCCCUCAUAUCAGGGAUGUUCCCAACUCUGUAUCUUUAAUGAAAUUCCAAAACACAAAAUUGUUUAUGAUAAAUAUACAAACACGAUGAAAGAGAAUCUAACACCGAGUCCGUAAUGGUUGUGGGGUAAUUACGACAUAACCCAACAUAGAAAUCAAUAAGAAGAUUAGUACAGACUAGUAAGAAACAAGCCCAAUACCAAUCCUAUAACCAUUAUUAAAGUACUAGUCCAACAUUGGAAUGAGAGAACCUUAAAAAUAUAUAAUUCACAACUUUAUUAAAUCCCUAUCAGGAUGAUACAAAAACACACACACAAAAAAAAACAGCGCCAGAAAAAUGUGAUGAAGUGAAAAAAUAGAAAAUAAAUAAAAUUGCACAAAGACUCCUUGAUAAGAUUGUGGAGCUCUAGACUCCUUGCAAAGAUGGUGGGGCUCUAGACUCCUUACUAAGAUGGUGGGGCUGUAGACUCCUUACUAAGAUGGUGGGGCUGUAGACUCCUUGUUAAGAUGGGGGAGCUCUAGACUCCUUGCUAAGAUGGUGGAGCUCUAGACUCCUUGUUAAGAUGGUGGAGCUCUAGACUCCUUGCUAAGAUGGUGGAGCUCUAGACUCCUUGUUAAGAUGGUGGGGCUGUAGACUCCUUGUUAAGAUGGGGGAGCUCUAGACUCCUUGCAAAGAUGGUGGGGCUCUAGACUCCUUACUAAGAUGGUGGGGCUGUAGACUCCUUACUAAGAUGGUGGGGCUCUAGACUCUUUACUAAGAUGGUGGGGCUGUAGACUCCUUGUUAAGAUGGGGGAGCUCUAGACUCCUUGUUAAGAUGGUGGAGCUCUAGACUCCUUGCUAAGAUGGUGGAGCUCUAGACUCCUUGCUAAGAUGGUGGAGCUCUAGACUCCUUGUUAAGAUGGUGGAGCUCUAGACUCCUUGCUAAGAUGGUGGAGCUCUAGACUCCUUGCUAAGAUGGUGGAGCUCUAGACUCCUUGUUAAGAUGGUGGAGCUCUAGACUCCUUGCUAAGAUGGUGGAGCUCUAGACUCCUUGUUAAGAUGGUGGGGCUGUAGACUCCUUGUUAAGAUGGGGGAGCUCUAGACUCCUUACUAAGAUGGUGGGGCUGUAGACUCCUUACUAAGAUGGUGGGGCUCUAGACUCUUUACUAAGAUGGUGGGGCUGUAGACUCCUUGUUAAGAUGGGGGAGCUCUAGACUCCUUGUUAAGAUGGUGGAGCUCUAGACUCCUUGCUAAGAUGGUGGAGCUCUAGACUCCUUGUUAAGAUGGUGGAGCUCUAGACUCCUUGCUAAGAUGGUGGAGCUCUAGACUCCUUGCUAAGGGGGUGGAGCUGUAGACUCCUUACUAAGAUGGUGGAGCUCUAGACUCCUUACUAAGAUGGUGGAGCUCUAGACUCCUUGUUAAGAUGGUGGAGCUCUAGACUCCUUGUUAAGAUGGUGGGGCUCUAGACUCCUUGCUAAGAUGGUGGAGCUCUAGACUCCUUGCUAAGAUGGUGGAGCUCUAGACUCCUUACUAAGAUGGUGGAGCUCUAGACUCCUUACUAAGAUGGUGGAGCUCUAGACUCCUUGUUAAGAUGGUGGAGCUCUAGACUCCUUACUAAGAUGGUGGAGCUCUAGACUCCUUACUAAGAUGGUGGAGCUCUAGACUCCUUGCUAAGAUGGUGGAGCUCUAGACUCCUUGCUAAGAUGGUGGAGCUCUAGACUCCUUACUAAGAUGGUGGAGCUCUAGACUCCUUGCUAAGGGGGUGGGGCUCUAGACUUCUUACUGUUACUCAAUGACAGAUGUACAACAUAGGACAAUACACAGGCCUAUCUUUUAAGGCAUUCAGGAUUUGAUGAACCAAUGCAAUUCUAGCUAGAUAAGGAUAAGAAUGUCUGAAUAAUGUGUUCCCAUAAACUGUGUACCCCUGGUAUGCUGGGAAUAAAGUUGAACAUAUAGAGGGCUAUUCACUAAAGUGAGAAUUCAAAGUGAAUUUCAAAUUUAAGGCCCAGGGAACUGAGCUGGAAGCAGAGAAUCUUUCCAGUUUUUAUGUUUACUUUGAUAUUGAAAUUCAAUUUGAAUUCACUUUGAAUAACCCUGCAAUACAUAAAAAAGUAAAAAUAAGCUCUUUGUGCAACACUCCAGAAAUAUCAAUGUUAUAAAGAAUAAAAAAUGUUCCUAGUAAAAUAAAAAAAUAAAAAACUAUGAACACGUCUCUACUAAACCCCAUCAUUGAUUCUGUUCUACAGGAUAGAGACCACCAUCUCCAGUGUUGUGGGGAGAAUAGGAGGUUUCACAGUAAAAUAUCAAGAUGUAAACAAUUAGAAUCUGUUAAUUUUGGUAUUCCAAUUCGUCUGAAAUUAGGAAAUGAUCGAUUUGGAACAAAACAUAACUUGAAAAAAAAUGUGAAACCGAAAUGAAAUUCGGAUGCAAUUAUUCCCAUUAUUCCAAGGGAUACCAAUCUAGAUAGCUCCCUUAUUUGGUAUGCUUAAAAAUAGUAACCCUAAUUUUGACCUUUCAGCUGUUUAGGAGAUAACUCGUUAAUUUUGUACCUUUAUGUCGGACUGCCAUAUUGAAGGAUAUCAAAUAAUCGAGCUAUCUGCCUAUGAUUUAAUAUCCUUAAAUAUGGCAAUCCCACAUAAGGAUACCAAAUUAGGGAUCUAUCUACUAAACAGCUGAAAGAUCAAAAAGAAGAAUAUGUCUUUUUCUUUAAGCUGUUUAGAAGACAGCUCCUUAAUUAGCUAUCCUGUGUAUAUGGCAUUCUAUACACGUGCAGCAUAUAAAUUCUAUGUACAUGUAGCAUAUACAUUCUAUAUGCAUAUAAAAUAAACAUUCCAUAUGCUGCAUGUAUACAGAAUGUAUGUGAUGAAUAUAUAUAGAAUGUAUGCGUUACAUGUAUAUGGAAUAUAAUGUAUGUGGUUGUAAAAUACACAGAUACUAAACUAAGGUCCUGUUUACUAAACAAAAAUCUCUGUUUACUAAAGCAAAAAUCAGAAUAGCCCUUUUUUUAAAUGUGCUCUUUCAGUUGCUUAAUAGAUAAGUCCCUAACUUGUUAUCCUUAAUUAUGGCUAUCCCAAACAAAUUAGGGAGCUAUUGACUAAACAGCUGAAACAGCUUUCUUUUGGACCAACAGCAAAAAAUAAAUGUGAGGAUGGCUGAACUUGAUGGACACAUACCUCUUUUCAGCUCUGUAACUAUGUAACUAUGAAAGAAAAAAAUUAAAGCGAAAAAAACUUUUCUUAAUUUUGCUGUUUCAGCUGCUUAAAGGAAAAUUAUAGUCACCAAAACAACUUUACCUUAAUGAAGCAGUUUUAGUGUAUAGAUUAUGCCUCUGAAGUUCCACUGCUCAAUUCACUGCCAAUUAGGAGUUAAAUCACUUUUGUUUCUGUUUAUGCAGCCCUAGCCACACCUCCCCUAGCUGUGACUGACACAGCAUGCAUGGAAAGAAAAUGGUUUCAUUUUCAUCAGAUAUUAACUUACUUUAAAAGUUUUUAUCUUUUUUCUGUAAACUGAACUUUAAUCACAUGCAGAAGGCUUCUGCAGGGUCUAGCAAGCAAAUAACAGAGCAAGAGAUAAAAGAUUCUAAAUUAAACCGAAUUUCCAAUAAAUAAAGUGUAAACAUUAGAUGACUCUUUACAGGAAGUGUUUAGGAAGGCUGAGUAAGUCACAUGCAGGGAGGUGCAACCUAUGGCUGCCUAAACAAAGUGACUUAACUCCCAAAUGGCAGAGAAUUGAGUGAGACUGCAGGGGCAUGAUCUCUACACCAAAACUGCUUCAUUAAGCUAAAGUUGUUAUGGUGAAUAUAGUGUCCCUAAAUCUCAUUGCUAUCCUUAAUAGCAAAUGGCUGCCGUCAUAACACUGCCCAUUUAGGUUUCUCUUCCUCUUUUUGUGUCCAAAUCAUCCCAACCUGUGUUUGAAAUAGAUUGGGACAUUCUUUGCAAGGUCUACCCACUCCCUUGCCAUGGCUGUGUGUGUUCAAGGAUGGAACACCAUAUUUCUUGGGUGAAUUAAAAAAUGAUUUGUUAAAUGUAUCACAAAAUUGGUCUAGCACAAAUGUUAUGCUUCCUUUUAGUUUGAUGCCCCCCUUAUAUCACAUGGACCCACCAAAUUUCGAUUCUUUAAUUCAUCCUUUAGUAUGCAGGGUUUGAGUCGAGUGUAGGAUUUUACUGGCUUCCAUUGCCCAUCCAACAGUAUUUUAUUUACCACAGUUACUCUUCAUCUAUCAUUUCUUUAUUUGUGUUCCUAAUUCCCAAUCCUUUCUGAUCUUUUUUUUUUUUAUUUGUAGAAAUAAAUAUUUUCCCAUUUUUCUUGUGAUCUUAAAUGUUUUUAAAUAACGUUUUGCAUUCCCAUUCUGUUUUUUUGUUUUGUUUUAUUAAAUAUGUUUGUAUGUAUAACUACUUCAAAGAAUUUACAACAUGAUUUUCAAAAAUUGUGAACGUGAGUUGCCAUCUCUAAUUCAAGUGGAAAUGUUUGUUAUUGUUAUAACAGUUGACAUUUAACGCCGUUGAUUUUCCUUUACACAAAAUACAUUAUCAAAAAAAGAAACUUAAAAAAAGUGUUUUGCUCACGUUUGGCACCUGCUUGACACCUUCAGCCCCUACAAUAACAUAAUAAGUCAGUUGCAAAAUAUAGGGCAAAGCGGCACAAAAUUACACUGUAAAUUCUACCCUGGAUUUCCUGCUCAACAAGAAAACGGGGCACUUAACCCCUUAGGGACACAUGACAUGUGUGACAUGUCAUGAUUCCCUUUUAUUCCAGAAGUUUGGUCCUUAAGGGGUUAAAAGCUUAACAGAACUAUUUUCUGUGAUGAAAUUAAAAAGACCUGCCAUGACUAUGUCAAAGUACAGUAAAUACUUACUGCAAUCUACAAGCAGCAACCAGAAAUGAAACGUGUGUCUAAAAACCAUUUCAACACGGCUGAGCAACACUUGAGGAAGUUAAAGUUGAUUAUUUACAUUAAUAUUUACACAUUAUCAACAAAUUGAGUAUCACUGUCAGCAUUCUGUGACAGUAGAAAUACCUACAUCCCAGCAUUUCAAAUGUACAAAGAGGGACGCAUUCAUGUUAGGGUUAUAAGUGGGGUUAUGGCCAGGGGCAGGGCUGUUCUGAGAAAUUUUAUGUAAUUUACUAAUAACUAAUUAUGGAAGUAAAAUGUAAUUUAGAACAAGAACAAUGUUGUUUACACAGACUGAUUUCUGAACACAUUUAUUGUAGUUUAAAGACACAUUACUGAGAGUAUUAUUGCUAUAGAGCUCCGUCAUACUCUCAGACACACCAACACUAUAGAGCGUCUAGUGACAGAGUGACAGAGGGAUUUGGGUCCAAAAUAGGGCCUGUCCCUUCUUCUAGGGCCAGUUGGGAGGUAUGCAAAUAAACUCAUAUAGUUGUGUUUUAGAGCCCUUCCUGCGUGAAAAGAUACUUCCUCGUCUGCACUGUAUAUACCCUCGCUAUCCUUUAACUCACAAUUAUAUUUCUACUAAUGGAGAAAAUCUAACACUUAAAGACAAGCCAUCUCUAUUUGUUUAAUAUCUCAGCACAACCUCUGGAGGUUAUACUUCUGGUUCUAGAAGGCUAUAUAUUUCUGACUCAGCACCUUCAUCUCCAUUAACUCUACAUCACUAUCUCUUUUAACUCUACAACACUACCUCUUCAUCCUCUGCAUUCUUCCACUGACUGCUUGCUACCGCUAGUGUCCCCAUACAAAUGUCUCCUGUAUAGAUCUCUUGGAGAAGAAUAUACUCUAAGUUUAGUUGUAAUCCUCUUGUCAAUCACCCACAGUUCUAGAUUUUGUGAAUAACUCUGUUGCAAAAUCCAUCUUGCUAACUAUUUCUCUGGUUCUAGAUGCUUCAAAGAAAGAUGCUUUCAAAGAACCUUUCUGUGAAUUGUUAAUCUGGGCUCCUCUCGCAGGAUUGUGUGGACUUCUUCUUAUCGCUCUCCUAACUACUUCUAUAUUGCUCUGUAAACGUAAGAGACGAAAAUUUAAUUCUUUAGCUGGCUCUGCAUUUUAUGCAAUAUUCAACGACACUAUUAGGUGAUUUAUAAAUGCAUAAUGGUCAAUUUUGUAUAUUAAAUGUUACAAGUUCAGAAGUAUAAAACAUUGUUAAUAAAAUAUGCAUUCAAUUAAUUAGAUUACUGUUCUGCUUUACGCUGAUGAAAUUCACAUUUAACCCCUUUAAUUCUAAGUGGUUUUUUUUUGAUGAAUAAAUUGGGUAUCACUUAAAGGAACACUCCAGAGUUUUAGUAAAUUACAUUUUUUUUAUAAUGCUGGAGUGUUCUAUAGAUUUCUGAGACCCCUAUUCCUGUAAAAAACAAAAGCUUUUACUUCUAAUACAGCGUGAUCUCCCCAUUGCAGCUUCAUUCUGCCACUGGUGUUCCAUCACUAAAGAUUGGUUCCUGGCAAAUCAAAUGGUUCUCAUAGAGAAACCUCAUAUUAGCUUUUUAGUAAGUGAUCAAAGUAUAAUUGAAUGAGCACCACCGGCUGUCUGAUUGACAGCAGGGAGGGGACAACUUAUGAGCUUUAAAAAAGUGCUGAUUUAUCUUGAAAUCGACACUUUUAUAUAAUAAGAGAGAGGGGCUGCGGUGUUUCGAGUGUUCCUUUAACUGAAACUUGGAAUGAAUGCUAGUACAUACAUUUUUGACAAAACAGUGGGGUUGUGUAUAGGUUAGUAUUCAGGAAAAUCAAAAAUAUAAUUUUAAAAUCAAUGAAUCAUACAGUUUAUUCUUAGGUAGUAAAAUGUAUACAGGGUUUUAUCGUUUUCUGGGUUAUGACACAUUAGCCUACAAACACAAAUACCAUUUUAGUCACGUACAGUAUUUGUGAAAACAAAUAAUGUUAACAGUUAUUUUUAAACACUCUGAUGGCAUCCUGUGUGAAGACAGAUUUCCAUAAAUGUUACUAGUAUACAAUGCAAAAAACACACUGAGGUUUUCCUGCACCCAGCAACCCCUAUCCCCCCUCCCCCCAUCCUACCCUCCGUCGCCUGCUCUACUGAUGAACUUUGUAAGUUCUAGUACAAGCAUAAGUUUAAGGGUCAACGUCUACAGAAUCUCUGCCCAAUACAAAGGUAUAUUCUAACCCCCCAUAUGUGCCAUACUUCGACUGAACAAUAUGCUAUCUUUUUGCUCUGUGCGCCUAUAUAUACACACACACACAGCAUAACGGCGAGCAGUGUAUUAUCGUAAAAUAAUACCAUCCAUGUGCAAAAAAAAAAAAUUGGGGCAAAUUUUUAGGAUUUAUUUUAUUUUGGUGUCAAGCCCACAUCAGGGUACCAAAUUAGGAUCCAUGUACUAAACAGCAUCCUAAUUUUAUAUCCUAAGUUUAGUUGAGCCGUCUACGAAAAACAUUGAGAGAUAACGAAAAAAUGAAAAGUCUAUUUUUUUUUUUUUUUAAAUUUGCUCUUUCAGUUGCUUAGUAAAUAAGUCCCUAAUUUGAUACCCUUAAUCAUGGCAAUCCCAUGUAGGAUAUUAUAUAGUUACAUAGUUACAUGAAAAGAGACUUGCGUCCAUCAAGUUCAGCCUUCCUCACAUGUUUUUGCUGUUGAUUCAAAAGAAGGCAAAAAACCCAGUUUGAAAUGCUUCCAAAUUUGCAACAAACUAGGAAAAAAUUCCUUCUUGACCCUAAAACAGCAGUCAGAUGUCUCCUUGGAUCAAGUAGCUAUUACCCCACUAAUUAGAAAUUAUAUCCCUGUAUGUUAUGUUUUUGCAAGUAUUUAUCCAAUUGCUGUUUAAACAGCUGUAUGGACGCUGAUAAAAUCACCUCUUAAGGCAGAGAAUUCCAUAUCCUUAUUGCUCUUACUGCAAAAAAAACUAUUCUUUGCCUUAGAUGAAAUCUCCUUUCUUCCAGCCUAAAUGUGUUACCUUGUGUCCUAUGUAUAGCCCUGUUUAUGAAUAGAUUUCCAGAUAAUGGUUUGAACUGGUCCCCAAUGAUUUGUAUAAUGUUAUUGUAUCCCCUCCAAAGCGCCAUUUUUUCAAACGAAAGAGAUUUACAUUUUUUAACCUUUCUUCAUAACUAAAAUGCUUAAUUACUUUUAUCAAUUUUGUAGCUUGUCUCUGCACUUUUUCUAGUGCCAUGAUAUCCUUCUUUAGAACAGGUGCCCAAAAUUGCACAGCAUUUUCAAGGUGUAGUCUUAAUAGCGAUUUAUAAAGAGGCAAAAUUAUAUUUUCAUCCUGAGAAUUUAUGCCCCUAUUUAUACAUGACAAAACCUUACUGGCCUUAGCAACUGCAGAUUACAUUUAAUCUGCCAUUUUAGUGCCCAGUCCCCCAAUCUAUCUAGAUCUCUCUGCAGCAAAGCAAAAUCCUUGCGUGUUUCUUACUUUCUUCCAACCCUUUUGUGUGCCACUUACUCCACCACGGCCCCUUUGUGUGACCUUAAGUCCUCCCAGCUCCUUUCUGAUUGUUUCUUUCUCCCCUCAGUAUCUUUGUAUUUUUCUUCCCUUCCCCAACCCCUCUCUGUGUCUCUUCCCCCUAGCUCCUUUCUGUGUCUCUUUUCCCCAUCCCCAAACCCUUUGUGUGUCUAUUGCCCAGGCCCUCUGUGUGUCUUUUUUCCACUUUCCCUGUCCCUCUCUGUGUCUCUUUCUCCCCCAAGUCCUUAUGUGUGUCUUUUUCUCCCUCCAGACUCUCUGAUUGUCUUUCUUCUCCCUGCCCCACUAUGUGUCUCCUUCUUCCCCCCCCCACAGCCCCUUUGUGUGUCUUUCUCCCCCCCACCAUUCUCCCCCUUAGUGGUCUCUUUCCAACUCUUCCUUUAUGUGCCUGCUUACUUUCCUCCAUGUAGCAUGUGGACCACUGUAAAGAAUCUUCUGUAUCCUUUAACCAGUCUAACAGGAAGCUAUUCAGUGCUCUCAGUGAGCAUUUCCUGUCAAAAAGGAUAGAGGAUACAGAAGACCACCUACUGCUCUCUGCUCUGCCACCAUGAUGUGACUGGCAGGAGCGGGAGCACUGUGCGCUCCACUCCAUUUCGUGACCUGGACAUUGUGCCAUCCAGACAGUGCACUGAAAGGUGGCCUCCUGUGCCAUAUUAUGGUUGUGCUGGCCCUGGAACAGGGGCAUUGCUAAAACACUCAGGGAUCAAAAAUAGUUUAAUGACAACCUUCCUAAGGCCCCACCAUAGGCCCAUCAUCCAAAAUCUACAUCUUAACAUGGCUUUAACACACACAGUUAGUUAAAGAAGCACACACAGACAUGCACAUAUACACAGAUGGACAGUGAAACACAAGCACAGACAGAAACACAAAGAUAAGCAUACAGGCACAGAUAGGAAAACACAGGCACAAACAGGACAGAAAACAGACUAGUACACACAGUUAGGCACAUACAGACACAGACAGACACACACAGCUAAAGACAAGCCCACACAGACAGGCACACCAAAUCAAAAAAGGUAUUUUUUCUCUUAAUUUUGAUCUCUCAGAUGUUUCGUAGCUAUUCCCCAAUUUGAUAUCCUUACCUGAGAAAGCCAUCUUUUACGAUACCAAAUAAGGGAGCUAUUUGCUAAAUAGCACUCUAAUUUAAUAUUUUAAUAUCCUUAAAUAUUGCAAUCCCACAUAAGGGUACCAAAUUAGGGAGAUUUUGUGCUGAGUAGAUAGCUCCCUAAUUUGGUAUCCUUAAAGGUAAACUAUAGCGCCAGGAAAACAAAGUUGCUUUCCUUUCACUAUAGCUCCCUAUAGUGUUCCUUAUCCCUCAUCUCUUGUGGUGUAGGAUGGGUUAAAAACCCCUUCUGUCAUUUACCUGAGUCCAGCGCCAAUGUCGCCGCUGGCAUUACUAUUUACCCUAUAGGAAAGCAUGUAUAUUGCUUCCUAUGGGGUUUUACAUGACACUGGAUGACCUCAUGCGUAGGGUGAGGACGUCCAUCGUCAGUUAUGCGACCAAAAGUUAGGCGACCAAAAGUCGCCUAAAGACCCUGAAAUCCCUCUAGUGGCUGAACUAGCCCACUACAUGUGGAGUUGACCCUCAAAGGUAAAAACUGCAAUAAUUAUCUUUGCUGGGUUAAGGGACCCAGGGACUAUACACCCAGACAACUUCAAUGAGUUGAAGUAGUCUGGGUGCCUAUAGUGUUCCUUUAAAAUGGCAUUCCCACAUAAAGGUACCAAAUUAUCUACUAAACAACUGACAGAGUGAAAUUCAGAAAAUGGCUUUUCUUAAUUUUGACCUUUCAGUUGUUUAGAAGAUAGCUCCAUAAUUUGCUAUCCUGUGUAUAUCACGUACAUUCUAUAUACAUACUGUGUACAUCACAUACAUUCUAUUUACAUGCAGUACGUACAUUCUGUACACCUUAUACAUGCUGCAGACCCAUUCUAUAGAUAUGCACAUGUAUGUUCUAUAUACAUGCAGUAUAUUCAUUCUAUGUACUUGCAGCACAUACAUUUUGUAUACAUGCAGCAUAUACCAUCUAUAUGUGGGAUUGCAUAUGGAUACCAAAAAGGACAAUUACUAUUACAUAUAUGUAUAUAGAAAUCAUUCUAAAAUGUUAAAUCGAGGUCAGAAUUUGAUUCAGAAUCAAUCAAAUUGAACAUGACUAUAUGUAACAGAGUAAGUGGCCUUAGGCUAACAUUCCAUACCUGCUGGUGUUGGAGAAUGGAUGGUAUUCCUCUGUAAUCGUGCAUACACAAUUUUGUAAAAGAACGUGCCAACACAUAGAUGAAAAUUAUAUAUAUAUAUAUAUCUAUGUGGGCAUCUAUAUAUUUAUAUAUCUUUAAAUUAAUUAAACUGUGAUUUCCCGAAAUGCCCUUUUAUCUUCAAAGCAUUAAUCGGUUUCAGUAGUGAGGUUGUUACUCCUGGAGUUGAUUUCUUAGAUAAACAAAUGGACUGAAUUGGAAUGAUUGCUCGGUAUGAUUUGCGCUAAUGGACUGGAAUAUUUUGACGCAUUUAGGGAAACACUAAGCAAGUGAGGCUGACAAGAAAUAAAAUAAUAACUAAAAUUGUUACUUCAUAAUUUGUGCAGGACUAGGCACAGAGCACAACCUAGCAUUGAUCUCUGAUUGAUUGAUUGAUUGAUUUAGUUUAUUUUCCUUUUAUUUCCCCAAUCUGUCGUUUUCUGCUUGCUGUAUAAACUAUAUUUCCCAUGAUCCAUCAGCAGCAUUGCUGUUUGCACUACAUCAUGUAAAAAAGUAUUUUUCCGACAUCGAGGACUGCCAAGUUUAGCCACAGCUACCUAUAAAAUAAACAUUGUGGAUACUGUAAUACAUACACAAGAACCUCAAUGUGAGGCUCAGCUUAUUCAUAUGAUCAAUCUGGUUAACAUUUUCCUGGAAAACAAGUUAAGCAUACAUUAAAAACAUACAUUAUGGAAAUAUAUGUGGUAGAAGUGAGCUGGAAAACUAUAAAGGUGUCAAAGAUGAGAUGUUUAUCACAGAAUAGUCUGUAGAUUUUGAUCUUUGUUCCAGUCUCAAAACUAGCCUUUGGUGAGGGUUAUUGUGUGACUGCAUGGGUGUUUGCAAAGGCAUUAAAACCACCUUAUUGACCUUGUUUGAGUUGAAAGACACCUUGCAAUAUUUUUCCACAACAAAUUUUCAGUUGGAUUUACAGGGAGUUGGCAGGGUGCAGUCCACUUGGAUCCUCCAACUUUGGCAAUUACUACCUGGCAGUCCACCUGUGAUUGGAUGCCGGACAUGAAUCAGUGACCUCAAGCAGUUGGUGUGUGCGAGGUUCCACAGAUUCCUUUCUUUACCGUCCCUCCACACGUAUGGCAAAGAGGUUUCCUAGCACAUACACGUACAUAGAGCACAGUCGCAGGGUCUACAGUACAGUUUAUAGUACAUUUGAAGGUGGGCUUUUGACAUGGGUGUGUAAGAGAUGAUAUGUUUGACUGUUUGUGAAUAUGUAAUACGGGGUUAGUGGUUGAGUGUAUAUGACUAUUGGCUGGUAUGAGAUAGCGUAGGUGGGUGCAUACAACUGGUGGAGGAGUAUAUGACAGCUACCAGUCAUGUACUCCCACCCACAACCUAUCACGUACUCAAAACCAGUCACAUAAACACAGCCAGCCACAUAACAAGUGCAGGUUAAAUGCAUUUACCUGCUCUCAUGUAUCUACAACCAGCUCCCUCUAUAACAGACCCACCAGCCGCCUUUUACUCUUAUAAUUCAUCUAGUGACACACAUUGCACCUCCCCUCCCAGUCCUGUCACCCACCUAUUCCACCCAUAGGUGGGUAACAUAUCUCACACAUCUUCUUUCAGUACUUUAUACUCAUCCAACCAGUCACAUUUACACAUUUGGCCAUAUAUCCCUAGUCACAGGGCCAAAUUCACACAGCUAUCCAGGUUACAAAUCAUCCAGUCACUCAACCAGUCUCACAUUACAGCCAGUCACAUACUCCUACCCACCCUGUCAUAUAUAAACUCCUCUACCACCAACAAUGCACCUAGUCAUUUAAAGAUUACACACACAUAUUUGAUGGGCCUCCCAACUGUCCCAGUUUCGAUGGGCCAGUCCCUAUUAUCAUGUCCUGCAGUUACGAUUUAGUUUGGACAGGAAAGCUCAAGUGCAUCAAUAGACCCUCUAUCCUACUGGCACUAGGACCAUGCAGAGAGUGCUUCAGCACCUUCUUGUGUCCUGAAUCCAUACCUCCCAAAGUUGCAAGAUAUGUAUUUGCAAACAUACUUAUACCCAUUCACACAGGAUACACAUGCAUAUACAGUUACAUACACACACAAUCACAUUACACAUGAUCACAUAUGCAAAUUAAACAUACAUGUGCUCCUAUCACAUACAUUGUCACAUGUCCUCAACGGGCCUUACUGGAGACAUGGCUAGGGGCUGAGAAGCUAUGUGUGAAUUAUGUUUCAGGAUUACGUUACAAUGGGAUUCACCAACACCAACACCUGCAGUGCUACGAUGCACCAUUGUUUGUGCACUAGAAUUGUGUGGCUUUUGCUAUUUUAUCAUCAACAUUCAGUGAGUUUUACUGGGUCUGUACAAAAGUUGCCACGUAUGUAGUUUGGCCAGUAGAAUGCCCAUGGAACUGAACUAAUUAAUUGCUUACUGCGCUCAUGCCCAUCUACAUCGCAGACUAAGGGUGGGUAACUGCCCUCUCCCUCUUGAGAUGUCCUGCCUAAUCCAAUUUAAUUGCAUGCUCAAAGGCUGCUCUGAUCAGCUGUUUACAUGGUAUCUCACUUACCAACUGAUGGGAGCCAGAGCGGAGGGAAAUAUGAAGUUACGCAGGCUGUAGAAAUGCCCCACUGUCAGACAGACCUCCAAAUUGACCAUGUGCCUCCAGGGUCCACAUAGAGGAGAUAAGUAUCUCCUUUAUAUGGGCCGUGAAUGUGCAUGGACCUGUCAAACAUCCGCAGUCUGUUAUGUCUCUAGAGUUGCAACUAAUGAUUAUUUUCAUAAUCAAUCAACUCAUUAUUUUUUCAAUUAAUCAGAGAAAAAAAAGCAGGUUGCCUCAACAUCUACUUGCAACCAUCCUUCAACAACAAAUGCUCCAAGUGAAUUCACACUUUAGUGAAGAACCCUUUUAGAAUAAUGGAUAUGAUAAAGUUAGGAAGACACACCAAACAGCCUCCUUCCCACAGUUGUGUCGAUCUGCCCCUACCCCAUCCUUCCCCUCACUUGUGUCUCUGUGCUAAUAACCCCUUCUUCUCCCUACUUGUGUCUCUAUGCUAAUAUACCCCUCUUCUGACUCUCUCUGCCCAUACACCUACUUGUGUACGUCAGCUCCAUCAAUCCCACUGCAGUUCUUCUACCAUGUCUGUCCUUUAGCCCCAUAUAUCCUACUCCUGUCCCCACCCAAAAAUUCACCCAUGAAAGGUGUUUAAAAAUGACAGGUUCCCAAUGUGAGCACAUGUCUGGCAGCUGGGGGGGAGGUGUGCAGAUCCUUGCUUGGUUCCUAUGAAGUCAUAUCUCCAUGUCCCCAGAAAUUGAACUUUUUUUACAAGUUGUGCAGCUAAUCCUGCGUUCCCAGCAGGAUGGUGCAGAGUAGACUGGCCUUCAGGACUGAGUGGAGGCUGUCCUAGGGGUGAUCCAGUAAACAUCCCUUUUUAGAGUAUCUACAUAUUUACCCUUACUCUGGGGGGUGGCCAUAAGAACAUAGCUUAUCUGACCAAACAUAGUGCAGGCUUAAAGGACCACUCUAGGCACCCAGACCACUUCAGCUUAAUGAAGUGGUCUGGGUGCCUGGUCCAGCUAGGGUUAACCCAUUUUUUAAUAAACAUAGCAAUUUCAGAGAAACUGCUAUGUUUAUUAAUGGGUUAAGCCUUCCCCCUAAUCCUCUAGUGGCUGUCUCAUUGACAGCCACUAGAGGCGCUUGCGUGCUUCUCAUUGUGAUUUUCACAGUGAGAGCACGCAAGCGUACAUAGGAAAGCAUUGUAAAUGCUUUCCUAUGCGACGGGCUGAAUGCGCGCGCAGCUCUUGCCGCGCAUGCGCAUUCAGCCCAGGAGGAGGAUCGGAGGAGGAGAGGAGGCAGAGAGCUCCCCGCCCAGCGCUGGAAAAAGGUACGUUUUAACCCCUUUCCCCUUUCCAGAGCCGGGCGGGAGGGGGUCCCUGAGGGUGGGGGCACCCUCAGGGCACUAUAGUGCCAGGAAAACGAGUAUGUUUUCCUGGCACUAUAGUGGUCCUUUAAGCUCUGCAUCUCUCAAAAAGUAUAUCCCGGGACAGUGUUAGGCCUUGAUAUUGUGCAUCACAAGCACAUUCACGCUUGGUGUUGCUGAAUGUAUUCAUCAUUUAAAAUAAUAUACACCAUUAGCCAAAAUCUACUUCUUGAAUGCUUAAAAAAAUAUUUUAAAGAUGGUCUGCUCAUUUACAUUUCCUUCCUUGAUGAAAUCAUUCAAUUCUGUUUCAGGAACAAGGAGAAGACACUGCCGAUGUAAACAUGUGUAAGUAUUUAAAGAAUAUCAGAUAAGAGUCGAUCAAUAGAAGAUUUGUUAUCUUAGUAGGUGCCUCCAAUCAACGCUGGUGAAAGACUAAUAAGGAGCCAUACCACACUGAGAUACUAACUGCAAAUAAUAAUGAGGUUACUUGCAGACAACGUUUACUUUUAAAGUUAUAAAUGUAAAACUACAUAGAUUUGUGCUUUCAGUUUCAAACAAAUCACUAAUUUGUCUGAAUUUUAGGCCAUAGUUGAUUCAUCAGAAUUCCGCAGCUUUGACAAACCAUACCAUCUUAAAACCAUCUUAAAACAAGUUAAAUGGGCAAUGGAUGAACCUUUUGUUUAUUUUUAUAGUUGCAGAAAAAAUGAAGGGGAUGGAGAAGAAGCUGAUUUUUUUUAGGAGGGUCCAAUAAGCAGUUUAAAUUCCCAUGGUGGACAACAAGUCUGCCCAAUUAUUUGGGUUGUAUCUCAUAGCUAAUCAAAACAUGAAAAUGAUGUGAAAAUGCACUACACUAAUAGGCACAUUUUGAAGCUAUUGUGGCCCGUUUUAAUUGUUUUAGGCAAGUGUGUCGAUACUGAAACGUGACAUGGCCAAGACUCAGUUUGUCUGAGCCAAAAAAAAUGAAUGGUUCACAUCUAUUGGGGCUUUCGGUGUAGUGUUAGGGUUAAACUGGCUGAGAUGGUGGAUUUGAUAAUAUUUAAUCUACAGUGAAACACAUCAAAGUCUAUUUUGGGAAUUAACCUCAGUAAUUCAUGGAUGCGAGCCUCAACCACAGUGAAGUGGAAGGCUUAAUUCAUGACAAAAAAAAGACUUACAAAUUCUCCUGCACAAUGGUCCCUCCAAUCACUGGGCUGGAGGGUUCUGAAUGCCCAGACUGGCCAGUGGCCACUAAACCACAUUGCUACCCUACCAUGCAUUCCCUAUCAAAUGUACAGUGAUUUAGAUAUACAAUUAGUGUACUUAGGUUUGUGAUAAUAAUAAAGAAUGGAAAGGCACAUCGCUGCCAGUCCCUCUCAUUACUCUCAAGCGUGAGUAGGAUAUGAGUUAGAUAGCCCAAAUCAAAUAGACCUUUUAAUUGCCCAACCCUUCCCAAAAAGCAUGCACUUGGCAUUAUACAAAAAAGAAAGUGUUUAAUAAUGAUGAAUGCAGCCAAAAGAAACAAAUCCUGACUGCAAAUUACCUUAUUUUGGACCCGAUUUAAUAAGCUUUCCAAUUGAUUCAAUACUCCUAGAAAAUUCUCCAAAUAUUUUUCUAUGAUAAUCCCCGAAGACAUUAAUAGUGACUUCUGUAGAUAAAGCAUUUGAAAGGUUUUUAUAACAGUAUAGAAUUAUUUCUAAAGUUUAUCAAAUCAAGGUUUUUGGUUGGAUGUAAAAAAAAAAAAAGGUUUGCAGAAGAAAGAGAAGAAACGUUUAAAAAGAGUCCGUUUAUUCUCACAAAAAUGUGCAAACAGUCCAGAUAUAGGAGUCAAGUUCCAGAUUGCCUGCAUUGACACGCUCUAGAGCAGGGAUAGGCAACCUUCGGCACUCCAGAUGUUGUGUACUACAUCCCCCGUAAAGCUCUUACACCCAUAAUGCUGGCAAACCAUCAUGGGAGGUAUAGUCCAAAACAUCUGGAGUGCCGAAGGUUGCCUAUGCCUGCUCUAGAGUCUGCUCAUGCAAAUUUGUAAAUUAGAAUCUACAAAACAACAUUAGAUAUAUCUUUAUUUAUCAAACAACAUUAACUGUCUCCAGUGCCUUACUGAUGUUUGAAUAUGAGAGGCAAAGUAACCGACUGGAAUGAUAAAUGGUAUAAAUGAUAUGGGCGUAUUAUAGGUUCUGUCCAGCAGAGCUUGCAAUCUAUGCAACAUCAUUAUGAUCUCAAAAUUGAAUUGCAGCAUUCUGUACUAAGGAAUUCCACAUCAGUAACUUUUUGUCCAUUUGUCUUUCCCACGUUUCUUAAGGCCUUUGAAUGAGAAGAAUGGAAAAGGCAGACCUCCAGGGAGAGUUGUGUAA